ACACAACAGAACAGUUGGAGGUUGACUGCACUCUCAGCCCAGAUUUGAAAAAUGCAAAAAAGGUGAAUCUUAUUAAUCAAAUUAAAAAAAAAAAAAAGCUUAAUUAAAAAAACAAAGAUUUUUCUGUCAAUUCAUUAAUAUAGUUUGCUUUGCAGGGUGCAAAAAAAAUUGAUGAGUUAUUGUUUAAAAGUGCAUUAACCCGCCCUUUACAAGCUCUGCCCUCUUACCUUACAGACAGCAAAACAUACAUCUAUCGCUUCAAUUACACAUUAGUGCUGCACGUUAUUGUUUCAGUUUAAUGGCAUUGAUCUUCUGUAACCCAAUUUCAGGUGUAGAGCUUGAGCCCCACUUUUCUGCCCUGAGCUGUGAGCUGUUCUGAAGACAAACGUGGACAGAGGUUGAUCUAAACCCUCUUGACGUGUUAUUUCAGCAGUUUCUAGAUGCGUAGCGUUGACCAGGGGAGACUUUUGAAACAAGCCUUUAACACAUCCUGCAGAGAGCAAGUGGAAGCAGACCCGCCGCCGUCAUUCUUACAUCACUCCCACUCUGUCUGUCUGUUUGUGAGAUGACCUAAAGGUCACAAGAAAAGGAAAGAAAUAAAAAAAGGUAGAGGGGGAUGCACAGUGGAAAUUGUAUUUAUUGGUCAAAGCAUUUCUUUUAUCGUCAGUUAUUCCUUUUGUUCCAAUAUGAAAAAGCUACAAAGGAAAUAAAUGUAAUAGUUGAAUAGGUUUAAAAAAACUAAUUGAUUAUCAGUGUAGUUGGACUACCUUACCCUUUUUGAUGGACACUCUUUGUGCAGUGGGCCCACAUCCAGUGUACCACAUCACACGGGGAUCUGAAAAAUGGCUGACACAGACCCAAAAUAAUGGUGCAUAACAACCCAGUGCAUUCGCAGAUCAGCCAGUUGUUCCUUUUUUUGUUUUUCUGCUUUGUCAUCAAUCGUUCUGCUUUUCAAACCAGCCCCACAAAAGCAACAAUAAACUGGAAGGCCCCAGAUUCAUGGCAAACACAAUGAGAGCCCGGGGGGGUGAUCCAGGCUCCUAUUUCGGCUUUGGCCGGGGCUGUGUGGUGUUUAGUCUAGCAUGAGACGGCCAAGGGUGAGCAACCAAGUUUUCACACAUUAAAGGUGCUGAGGGAGACCAAGCACUCCGGGGAUACCAUCAGCCCAGAGGGGGGAUAAAGAAGCGCACCACCAUGUUUAAGACCACCUACCGGCACGAGGUGCACAAGGAAAAGUACGAACGCUCCGAUGUCUUUGAUGAAGAUGGAGAGGACUCUGAAAUCUCUGCGGGCAUCUCGGCCAUCCACGGCUGGGAAAACCUUCAGGAUCUCAACAGCCGCUUCGCCCGCUACAUCAACAGGGCACGAGUCCUGGAGCAGCGCAACGCCGUGUUUCGCAAACAGCUGGAGACGCUGCAGCGGAUGGAGGAGGCCAGUGGCCUUGAGGAGGCCUUCACAGAGCAGAUUGAAGUCAACAGGCAGCGCAUUAGAGAGCUGUGCUCUGACCGAGCCAAGCUGGAGCGAGAGCUGAAGGAGUCCUGCCGCAUGCUUGAUGAAUAUACCAGCAAGUAUAAAAAUGAAUGUGAUUAUCAGGAGCAGCUCCGCGGUACUCUGGAGAAUUUGAACAGGGAAGCUGACAACGCCCUGCUGAGAAACCUAGAGUACCAGAUCCAGUCUCAGUUCCUGCAAGAUGACAUCAAUUCCACAAGAGACAGACAGAAGAAGAACCUUGCAGAGAUCCAGACCUACGUAAACAUUUUGCAGCAAAUCAACCAGACACUUCCCCUUGUUCCUAAUGCGUCAGCUGGCAUCUCUGAGGAGCAGGAAAAGCUGUUGGCUCAGAAGAAGGUGCCAGUUCUGCAGAGUCAGCUGGAAGAAUACAAGAGCGCCCUCUGUCAGCUACAGGCCCAAAAGCAGCGGCUACAAAAUGAGACUGCAAUGAUGGACCAAACAAUCAAAAACACACAGGAAAGUUACGAUGACGAGAUACAAAUGUACAAUGAGAAAAUUGAUGCUCUGAGGAAAGAGAUUGAAGAAGCUGAGAGAUCCUUGGAGAAGUUCACCAGUGAAUGCCGCCACCUGGAUAUGUACCAAACAUCACUUGAAAACGAGCUGGAGCGGUAUAAGAGGAUCAUCGAAAAAGAAGAUAACAGGUUGAAGUCAGCAAUAAUUGGCACCCCCAUCACCCUGUUUACAACUAAUUACCGCUACACUCACACUCCCUCUGCAUCAACCAGGGGGAAGGACAUCACUCAGGCCAUUCAAGAUAUUACAAACAUCAAGCCUCGGCAGAAGGUCCUUGCCAAGAAGGUGAUAAGGAAGAAAGAGCUAUCGCCGAAGGACGUAAUAGACAAUAGCCAGGAGGGAAGGACUGAAGAGGCUGGUAACGAAGAAACAAGAGGCAUCCCACCUGAGGAAGUACAGGAGGAGAGGGUGUCGAUGAAGGAGCAAAGGCCUCUUCACACGAAAAUCUCACCUCAUGAUGUCCCAGAUGGAGCUCAGAUCAGCAAAGCCUUUGACACUCUCUGUAACAUUGUCAGAGAUCGAAUGAGGAAGUACCAAAGGCCUGAGCCAAUCGCCGAUUUCUACACUAAAGGUCGUUACGUCUUGGUCACCGGUGAUGGCAGCUACCAGCAUCCCUGCUUCUACACAUCCACGCCAUCAGCCGGUCGCAUCUAUGUCACCAUCAGAGAUGGCAUGAGGUUUCCGUAUGAUCCGUACGGAUACGACACUCCCACUCCUCCACCUCCUCAACCCAUCAUAAAGCCUAGACCUCUCAGUCCUACCUCUCCUUUGGGUUUUGGUGAGGGAAUGGAUGAUAAAAAGGGUGGAGGGAAAGGUAAUAAUGGACAGAGGCAACCCCACCCAAAAGACCCAAGCCCUAUCCCUCCACCCUCUGGCCCAAGAUCCCAAGAUCCCACCCCUGCUCCUGGGAAGUCCAAGAAAAAUCAAGACGACAACCCAGGUGGGUCAGCUCCCAAACCUGCCCCCCGAGGUAACAGCACUAGUUCCAGUACCAGCACCAGCACCAGUACCAGCACCAGCAGCUCUGCCGGCUUCAGCCCCGAUACAAUGAGCUAUGAGAAGUUGGAGGUGGUGGAGUCUGUGGAGAAGUUUUCAAAUGGCCGCAAAGUCAAAGGUUACGAGGAGACUUCCAUGAUUGUGGAGACCACGAUCGAGAAAUCCAGCAAGAAGAAACACUGAAACACCACCACGUCCAGUGUGAAGCUGAUGUUGGUGUCAAACUGUUGAAAGCUGCCCCACCAUGUCUCUGAAACACCACCUCUGUAGAGUAACAAGAGACACACACUUGCUCUGACAUUCAAAGCUUUUCCAUCGCUCCGUCUCUGGUCUUGCACCCAGUUUUGCUGGCUACCCGCUGUUGAGCACUUGACAUGGUCAUGAUAGGAGUCCUUUACUGUCUGAAAACUUGGGAGAAGAAAAACAAAUUUCAAGCACCACCAGAAAAAAAGAAGCACCAAAAUGAAAAAAAAAAAUGUUGAAGCUAUGCCACCUUGCUGUACUCACCUAGAACUCCAACUUUCCCCUUUGAGAUUAUUGGUUUUAAUUGGAUGCCUCUGCCUGCCCCCAGCACAAUUUGCUGUGUAUUAAUUUGCUUUGGAAUAUUGAAUAAUUAAAGCAUUCAAACAUC